CCCUCAGAUCACACAUCCCACAAUUACGUGUCGUGAACGAAGGUCGACUCAAGAGAGAGAGAGAGACUCCACCUAUAAAAAAGUAAAAAUACCACAGUUGGCUUCGACGAUUCAACCAAACUCGCUGCUUUGCAACAUUCUUUACCCAAAAGACAGACGAGACGACUUCUCGAUAUCCAUAUAACAGAGAGAGAAAGAGAUAGUUCUUGGAAUUUUUUUCCCAACAAUUCGUCAAUUCUCAAUCUUUGGUGGAAGAUAACUAUGAGUUCUUUCAAGCAAGAGCAUGACUUUGAUUGUUUUAACAUAUUUGUCCAUGGCAAUGGUGGUGUUGGGGCUUAAUAUUGUGUUCCAAUUUUCAGAUAAGAGGCGUGCUGAGGCUGCAAGAAUUAGGGAGAAGUACCCAGACCGAAUUCCAGUGAUUGUGGAGAAGGCUGAGAGAAGUGAUAUUCCCAACAUCGACAAGAAAUACCUUGUUCCAGCUGACCUGACAGUGGGGCAAUUUGUCUAUGUAAUCCGGAAGAGAAUCAAACUGAGUGCUGAGAAAGCAAUCUUUAUAUUUGUGGACAAUGUCCUUCCACCUACAGGUGGAAUAAUGUCUACUAUAUAUGAUGACAAGAAGGAUGAGGAUGGGUUUCUCUAUGUUACUUAUAGCGGGGAAAACACAUUUGGAUUGCAAAUUCUUCACUAGCCUAAAAGUUAUCAUUGAUGUCUUCCUUGCAAUUUUAUCAUCCACGUUAUCUUUAUUUCCAUUGCCUUGUAUUAAAUAAUUCUGCAACAUGUCCGCAUGUUAUAAAUGUACAGAAAUAUUGUGUAUAUAUAUUUCGUUAGUAUAUAAUUUAUAUAAUUCAUGGCUGAUGGAUAUUUCUAUAUCCCUGCAUGUGUGUAUUAA